AUGGACGCAUACAACUUCCCAGAGGCUCGUCUCAAGAAGAAGCUAGAUGACCCCUCAAAGACGCCUCUACUUCUGGUCGCUUGCGGCUCAUUCUCACCCAUAACAUUCCUACAUCUGCGCAUGUUCGUCAUGGCUGGCGACUAUGUGAAGCACAACACACAAUUCGAGGUUGUCGGCGGCUACUUAUCACCUGUAUCGGACGCUACCGGAAGCAAGGUCUGGCGCCAGCAGAGCACAGUUGCAAUGUGCCAGCUCGCCAUCGACAAAGCCUCGCACUGGCUAAUGGUCGAUACCUGGGAAGCCGAGAAGAAAGAAUACUCGCCAACCGCCCACGUACUCGACCACUUUGACAAUGAAAUAAACCAGAUCCGCAAAGGUAUCGAUGCUGGCGACGGCACUCGCAAACAAGUACGCAUCGCUCUGCUCGCCGGUGCCGAUCUGAUUCAGACCAUGUCCACGCCUGGUGUCUGGAGUGAGGCAGAUCUCGACCACAUCCUCGGACGCUAUGGCACAUUCAUCAUCGAGCGCUCAGGCACCGAUAUCGACGAAGCGCUCGCGAGCUUGCAGCCCUAUCGCGAGAACAUCCACGUCAUUCAGCAGCUCAUCCAAAAUGACGUCAGCAGCACUAAGAUUCGCUUAUUCUUGAGAAGGGGCAUGAGUGUUCAGUAUCUCAUUCCAGCGCCUGUCGUCGAGUAUAUCGAGCAGAAUCAUUUGUUUGGAGAGGACGGGCGCACUUCCAGCAUCCCUUCGGCGCCGACAUCGGAUGGGCCGUUGGAAGAGAGUAAGGGUAAGGAGAAAGCGUCGUCAAGUGCGGCUUCGACGAGCUGA